AUGGAACAGCAGUAUUUCAUUAAGCUGCCAAGAAAUCAAGACGGCAGCUUAGUAGGUGCCGCAUUCUGUGUAUUCUGUAACGGAGUGCAAGUGUACGAACAGUCAGUCAGACUGAAUGAGGAGGCGUCCGUGUUUCAGGCGGAACUGGUGGCCUUGGGAGGGGCGUCCCAGUGGAUCCUACUACAACCGGGUCCAGAGCCAAUCACGGUUUACUCUGAUAGCCAGUCGUCGCUACAGGCUUUAAACGACGGGUACCAUCGCGAUAAGCUGGUACAUGAGGUCAGAUGCAAGGUGCUAAGGGCGAGGCACGAGCGACAAGUUACCCUGUGUUGGGUCCGAGGCCACACCGGGAUCCUGGGUAAUGAGCGUGCCGAUCAGCUAGCAAAGGCGGGUGCUAGUGGUCCUUUUAUAACGAGGACGGUUGAACCCUCGGCUGCUUAUAUCAAAGGCACCUUGCUGAAACGAUCGAUGACUAACUGGCAAGAGAGCUGGAAUCAAAGUACAGUAGGUAGGUCAACUUACGCCUUCGUGCCUGUAGUUGGCCUCACUCCGGUGUGCUGCAAUAGGCUCACGACUCAGAUACUGACCAGCCACGGGAAGUUUCCCCGCUUCCAGUCCCGUUUCGGGCAAGGAGACGGUAGCUGCUCCUGUGGUAGUUCUUGCGGAGACGCAAGACACUACGUACUUGAUUGUCCUCUUACAGAGGACUUCCGCCGUAGGGCCGACCAAGUCGACUGGUCUCGGCCACCCGAACAAGUACUUCGAACGCUAGCAGCUAGUAAAGGAAACUUAAAAGAGUUAGAGAAAUUGAUGGAAAUGAUCAUUAAUUUAUGA